AUGGCCUGGGUACAUAACCUCCAAGGCGUCGACCCCGAAAGCCACAUUGCGCGUGACAUCGCCAUCUGUUUGUUUUUCUCGACCCUGGCCUUCGUGGCGGUCGGCGUCCGUUUCUGGAUCCGGUUGCAGGCAAAUCGAUGUCCCUGGGCCGAUGACUUUGCGGCCCUGUCCAGUGCCAUCUUAGGGGCUGGUUAUACGGGGAUUGCGGUGGGUCAAACGCGAUGGGGUCUAGGGACGAGUGCUGCCUUUUUUCCUGUUGAGAAUGCGGUGCCUUUCUCUAAGGUUCAAUAUGCUGGCGGCCCAGUCUACACACUCGCUCUCCUCGGGUUCAAAGUCUCCUUGUUGGCGUCAUAUCUCCGCAUUGGGGGCUUUAUUCGCGCCUACAAGGUGGUGAUCAUCGUGGCGAUCGUGGGCGUCGUGUGUAAUCAAAUGAUCUUUACCUGCUUAUUGCUGUUUGCAUGUCAUCCAAUCAAAAAACAGUGGGAUGCAAUGGUCCCUGGGAAAUGCAUCGAUACUGUGGCUUCUUAUUUCGCCCUGGCGGGGACUAGUCUCGGAUUCGAUAUGAUCAUCAUCGCGCUGCCAUUGCCGGUGCUGUGGCGGUUACGGUUACGGUUGAGACAGAGGAUCGCUCUCGUAGCCAUCUACGCCCUCGGAUUUUUCAUCACCAUCAUCCAAAUCAUCCGCAUCUUCACCAUUAAAGCCCUAGAGACGUAUACAGAUAGUGAACCAAUCGUGAUGUGGUCCAGCGUGGAGAUAAGUCUUGGUGUAAUAAUCUCCUGUGUUCCCACCUACGGUACAUACUUCCACACCUUCGCGACAAACGUGAACGCCUACUGGCGCCGACACAGCAGCACUUUCACGUGGAAGUCGGAUCGCUCGAACUCGCAUAGCGGGCCGAGUGGGAAUGGGAAUGAGAUAUCGAAUUCACAUUCGAAGAGGAGUUCAAAUUCCGGAUCGCAAGGUACUACGCAUACUACUGCGACGACUACGACGAUUGGGAGUGGAGGGUCAAGGAAGGAGAGGGAUAGUAUGGUCCCAGACAUGGGGCUGGCGAGUUUUGAUUUCAAUGAGUUUGUUUGA